AUGGGCUCAGAACCGGAUCAUCAGGACUCACCUGCCUCCCCACCUCGUCUGCUGCAGCUGCCACAAGCCAAUGGUGCACAGCACUUUUAUCCUGCGGAGUUAGUCCAUCAGCGAUUCCAAGAGGCGCGGAACAAUCCCGAAGAGUUUCACCGGAAGAACGUCGAGCAUGCAACCAGGAUGGGCGUUGAUGCCGAAGCUUACCUGAGGAGCUUGGGACUUGGGCUGAUGAGGGUGGUCUCGAAAGGGACAACAACAAUCCAAGACUCAGCUGGACACCUCGAUGUAAUAGACACAUCGGCACACGAAGAGCCGGCAUCCAAACUAGAGGCCGAUGUUCAGAUGAAGGAUGCGACAAGCCGCCCGGAGCCAGACAAUAUUUCGUCGUCUGAGGAAGACGUGCAUAUGGAAGACGCAACGAGCUCUGCCCAAGAUGUUGAUGCCUCCACGCCAGGCAGUGGUCCUUGGUCCGACGACGCUAUGUCACCCUUAGAACCGAGUCGUCCGGAGCUACAAACAGACGCUAUGCACCUGCGUGAACAAAUCGAGAGUGCACCGAAGACGAAGAAGCUCAACCCCACAGCCAAGACCCCAAAGGAACGGAAGACGAAGAAAGACAAGGCCAAGCAGAACCUGAAAAACAUCUCCAUACAUCCUGCAGCAGCUGGAAUGAAGAGUCGAUCCUUACCUAGAAUUGCUGCAGAUUCCUCAGAGACUGGCACUGCACGAGAAGCGGCCGCACGAAGCACAGGCCCGAUGGAACAGACACCUUCGCUAUUUGUUGAGCAGACGGAAAAUUACCCUGUCCUAUCUCUACCCAAUUGGCACGUUGAAAUCAAGCCUUCAAACUUCAACAUGAAAGAGUUGGCCAAGAAGCGCUCCCCAUCUCUUACAGCACUAGAGUCUCUCAAGAACAUGUAUUGGCCCGAUAAGCGAGUUCAUCGGAAGAAGCUCACGGACUACUUCAAUGAGCUUCGUGACCAUGUUCACAAGGCAGAAUUCGCGGUAAUCAAUAAAUGGGAGGUGAGGACAGCUCGCAUCCUGAAUGUUGAGAAUGGGCUUCCUCGCAUCUUUGGGGAACAUGCUGGGUUUCCCUGGGACCUCCAGGCCGACGCCUACCAGCUGUACUUGAGGUGGAUGAGAGCAGAUUUUGAGCACGACGUUCUGCGUGGUAUCACCGCCGUCAAGGGCCCAAAUCGGGGCAGUGACAGACUGUGCCCGAUAUACAGGAACAAGCACCCGCCGAAUGCUAAACGCUAUGGUCACAAUGGCCUAGUACUAGGUCAAUGCUGGCCAAGUCAGCUUUGCACCGUACGCGAUGGAGCACACGGUAGCUCUCAAGGAGGGAUCUUUGGCGAGAAAGAGAAAGGGACUUACAGCAUCGUGCUUUCAGGCGGUGGAGGGUACGACGACAGAGAUGAUGGGGACACAAUCGUGUACAGCGGAACCGAAGGCAAGAAUUCUACCCCAACUGAGGCUACGCAGCAGAUGAUCACCUCCUGCACUCUUGGAAACGUGAUUCGGGUCAUUCGAUCACAUCAUCUCUCAACGAAAAACAAGUAUCGUCCUGAGAUCGGCCUACGCUACGAUGGACUUUACACGGCGAAGAGCUACAAGCUGGUCGACAAGGAGAAACAGACCCACCUUUUCACUCUGGAGCGGUGUCCUGGCCAAGAGAAAAUAAGAUACGGCAAUGGACCUGAGGGCCGCCCAACGAGGUUCGAAAUCGUGGAGUACAGGAAGUUGAAGGAGAUUUGA